CCGUCACCCAAUCCCUCCUCUCCCCGUCAAAUGGCUAACUCUGACUGACUGAGCAUUAUCCAUAAUUAGCAGAAUGAUUGUGCUGCUGCUAAUCGGGAAGGGAGGGGAGGAAGGUAGAAGGGGAGAGAGAGAGAGAGAGAGAGAGAGAGAGAGAAUGAGCGGAGCGAGUGACGACAACCGUGCCUCAUGCUCCCCUUAGUUAUUUUCAGCCCCGCCGUCGCCUCCCCGAUGUCUCGACGCUUCUUGGAGGAGGAGUUGCUUACGAAGAUCACUGAGUGACUGCUGAUGCUGCUAGUUGUUUUGCCGAAGAUUUCGUGAGCUUGGGGUUUUUUGAGUUGCUGGUGAUGUCGCAGGGGAGCAGUGCGAGGAGGAUGCUGGCGUGAUUAGAGAUGGAAGGAGUGGGAUGUUGCGAUUGUGACUGCGAUUGCGACUGCGAGUGUGAUUGUGAGAUUUGUUUGUAGUUGUGGAGAGUGCUGAGUGGGAGAUUUGGCUGGGACGUGGAGAGGGAAAAGAGCGGAGAGUGCAGGAUGGAAGGGGGGCAGAGUGAGCGGAGGAUAUAUCCUGUCACGGCUGCGGAGUACAAACUGUUGGAGGAGAUUGGGCAGGGAGUGAGCGCCACAGUUUACCGGGCGAUAUGCUUGCCUUUCAAGGAAGUAGUGGCUAUCAAAGCUCUCGAUUUAGAGAAGUGCAAUAGUAACUUGGAUGAUGUUCGUCGAGAGGCAGUAACAAUGCGCUUGAUUAAUCAUCCUAAUGUGGUGAAGGCCUUCUGUUCUUUUGUUGUGGAACAAACUCUUUGGGUUGUAAUGCCCUACAUGGCUGGGGGUUCCUGUCUUCAUAUAAUGAAGUCGGCUUUUAUAGACGGCUUUGAGGAGCCUGUCAUUGCUACCUUUCUAAAGGAGGUAUUGAAGGCUCUUGAUUACCUUCAUCGCCAUGGCCACAUCCAUAGAGACGUCAAGGCAGGAAACAUUCUGGUGGAUGAAAAAGGUGCCGUGAAACUAGCAGACUUUGGUGUCUCUGCUUGCAUGUUUGAUACAGGCGAUCGGCAACGAUCAAGGAAGACCUUUGUUGGCACUCCUUGCUGGAUGGCACCGGAGGUAAUGGAGCAGCUUCAUGGCUACGAUUUCAAAGCUGAUAUAUGGUCUUUUGGAAUAACCGCCUUGGAGCUUGCGCAUGGACAUGCACCAUUUUCUAAGUAUCCGCCGAUGAAGGUUUUGCUUAUGACACUUCAAAAUGCGCCUCCAGGACUUGACUACGAACGGGACAAACGGUUCUCUAAGUCUUUCAAAGAGAUGAUUGCAAUGUGCCUGGUCAAAGAACCUUCCAAACGCCCAACAGCAGAGAAGCUACUCAGACAUUCUUUUUUCAAGCAUGCCCGAACACCUGACUACAUCUGUCGACAUAUUCUUGAUGGUCUUCCAUCUUUAGGAGAAAGAAUCAAGAACUUGAAGAAUGCUGAUGCUGCCCGUAUGACCCAGCAAAAGAACCUUGACGAGCAGGAACAGAGAUCCCAGACUGAAUACAAUAGAGGAGUAAGUGCGUGGAACUUCAAUUUGGAAGAUCUGAAGGCGCAGUCAGCUUUGAUUCCAGAUGAUUCAGAUGAUAGUCCGCCGCAGUCAACGAAAGCUGAAUCUCCAGAGCCUUCUCACUUUCACUCUCCACAGUCAAGACACGGGGAUUUUGGAAGUUCUCCUGACAGAGUACAACCGUCAAUUUCUAUGCACUCGUCACAAGUUGAAGCUACCAGCGAUAAUGGUGAGUUUUUGGCAGCUCCUCGUAAUUCCUACUCAUCAAAAUCUGCAGUAAGGUCUGCUGGCGUGUCUGUAAGGAAGGAGCCAAAGCACAUAGGUCGCUUCGAUGUUUUUGAAGAUGACAACGACAUGGAGAGCCCAGGUUGGCAUUAUUCACCUAGUCGCCGAGGGUUUGAAAGAGAUCAAACAAGGAAAGAGCGGGAAGACACAGGCUCUUAUGAAGAUCGGGGACGAGAUGACAGUCGUAGAGGUGGUAGUGGUCCUCUUGUACCUGAAAGAGUUUUAUGUGGUGGACGCGGACGAGAUGAUGAGCGAGACAGGGAGCAUCGGCAUGGAAGAGUAAGUGAACGCGGAUCCUUUAGCGGACCUCUGUUGCCCACCGGUGAUCAUCGACUAUCCAAUGGUGUUUCCAGGCCUCCUACUGUUUCUAAGGAUGCGUUGGAGGAGAAACUUAAGGGACCUACACUGAAAGCGCCAAUUGUUCAGAAAGGUCGCUUUUCAGUUACAUCCAACGAUGGAGGUGUAGAGGACCUACCACAUGUUAGCUCACGGCGAAGUACGUGCUCACAGGGGUCACAGCAGCAUCUAUUUGCCUCAGCAUCAUCAUCACAUCUUAACGGACUAUCUGUACCUGCUGCCGCUAUUGUACCUCACUUGCAGACUGCACUUCAGCUCGCUGUCAUGCAACAGGAUGCUCUCGUGAACAUUCUGAGUGGCAUUAAUCCAAGCGAUUCUUCAAAUUCCAUGAAGUUACACUAUGCCUCGAAGCGAAAUUCGAGUUUCAAUUGUGGCAGUGAAUGUUCGAUGAUAGAAAUCCUAAAUGAUAGGGAAAGGGACUAUCUUCAGCAAAUUUCUGACUUGCAAUCCAAAGUUUCUCAGCUGCUUCAGGAGCAGCAGGUUAUGAAAAUGAAGAAUAUAACACUAGAGCGGCAAUUGAAUGCAAUCUACAACAGGGAGGAGGAAGAAAGAAUACGCAGAGAAGAAGCUGCUGAGGGGGAUGGAUUACCGUUGUAAGAUAAUUUUGUAGAAUACGAACACUGAAAUUUGGUGAUGGCGAGGUUUUAGUUUCAGCUAAAUCCGGUACAAUACGAAAUGGAGAUGAAAAAUUCAGGUUUUUUACUUCUCUGGUUCCCAUUCUGGGGCUGGUACUUGUCUAUAAUUGAGAUGCGGAUUCCGAUCGUGCACGUCUACACUAUGGUGACAAGCAUAUAUUACGUCGUUCUCCAAAACUUGUUGUGGUUCAAUCAUGUCAUUUAUAGGGGCUGGCUUGGAGUGUAAGCUAUCGCCUUCUGCUUAGGCUAAUUGUGGCUCGGGUUAGAGUUUGCAUUCGUGAUUUUAGAUAAUUCUUGUGCCCCUACUUACGCAUUGAUAAAACUUUGAAUUUAGUUUGCGGAAGGAUAUGGUUCUGUUGUGCUAUCGUCGAACAGAAAUGGAAUCCUUUGCGUUAUCAAGGUUUUAUGGUUGUAUA